AAGUGUGAAAGCCUUAUGUCUUGUUUAUUGCUACAUUGUUGUUUUUCUUUUGGGGUUUUAUAGAGACUUUAUUUUUGUGUAUUGUUGGGAUUUUUACGUUGUGUAAAGCACUUUUUAGCAUUGGUGUUUGAUAAGUGCUUUGUAAACAAACUAUGAUUUCUAAUGGGUAAAAGAGAGAAUGAGGAAUAGAAACAGUUGUUCAAAGGCCUGUUGGAAAAGAUUGUGUGAUGAUUGUUGUUGUCUUUUCUUCUGCGUAAGGAUACCCUGAGUCUUUGGGACCUUCACUACCUAGUCAUGAUUCACUGUUGGCCCGUUCUGGUCAUUCAUGACUUUGAACUCACCACAGAGUGCGACUCUGCCUCCAUGGUGGCCCAAGACAAAAGCUGCAUGAAGAUGAUUACACUGACCAAACAAGACUACUGUCAGAUCAACUCACUGCAAAUACGAUUUCUGCCCUCGAUGACUGUUUGUUACUCUCUGGAUGUGUCUUUAGUCUCCUGUCUCGUCCAGACAAAAAUAAACAUGGAGGAUAAUUAUGAUUCUAAAGGGGUGGAGAAUCUGAAGUCCCUGGUUUCCCACCUCUGUCAGCUCCUGGACCUGCACAAGAAACAGGAUUGCAGACUUUCACGUUCAGUCUUUGAGAAGGUGUGUCUUCUAUGAAAAACCCAUUUUACGAUAUACAAGUGUAUAAGAGAUGUUCCAGGUGAAGUCAUGAUAAGAUACGAUAUUCAUAUCUAUUUCUAACAGUAAAGUACUCAUGGUGUAAUGUUUAACCUUAUAAAGCAAAUGGACUGU